CUCUCUAUCUCAGCCAGAGUGUGUCGUAGCUGCACUGAGGUCGUACGCGUGAUUGCUGGCUGCACGACAGGCGCGGUCUUCUAUCGGCGGGCGGCGUAGAGGAACAAACUUGACAAACGCCGUCCUGCUGCUGCUCCUGCUGCUGCAACUGCUGUGUGCGGGGAAAUGAUGUUGGCGCUCUCCAGGUACAGGUGGGACAGCUAUUCCCGCUGCAGGUGGAGGAGGGGGGGGGAUGGGCAGCAGGCGCUCCGCCUACCUCCCGGGCCGCAGGAUAGCCUGCGUCUCUCUCGGAGCCCUCGGGUUUAUAAGGGGCAGCGCAGCGUUUUUCGCAGGGGGGAGGGCGGCGGGGUUGGCGUCGUGGAGCGCCUUGCAAGAGGGGGCCCCGCAGGCGAGACAGGGCGGGCAGAGGGGCGGAGGUGCGGCGGUGGCGGCGGGGGGGAGGUUUUUGCUGCCAAGAACCUCUGUGGUCACGUCUGUCAAGGCAAGACACAGGCAUGUAAAGGCGGGAAUAACGCCUCCUUCUGAGGAGGAUUUCAUCCCCUACCGGAGCUACGGGGACCCGUCGAAGCAGCCCCUGGUUAUCGUUCCGGGUCUGGACGGGGCGACGGCGUUUUUUU